CACCACUACGGACAAUUGGAGUAUUACUCCCAAAAUUGAUUUCUAAAGAAAAAUGGAAAAAAUCUGGACCAACGAUCACAGCCAAUUAACUAUUUUCAGAUGAGCCCCUCUAACCCCACAGUCUCUCCAUUGGUAAAUUUUCAGAAAUCAAUCAUCCAUAUUCCAAUUCGGAAAUCAGCUUACUUUCCCUAAUUGGUUUUGUCGGUUGUAUUACUUCUCUGUUUGUCAACUGAUUUUCUUUUCUCCAGCAUUUAUAAUUAAAUCUUGAUCAAGCUUAACGACUGAAAGUCGGUAUUGAUCUGUUUCUUCAUAAAUCUUGAUCAAACCCUUAUAGCAAAAUUUUAUUAUUUUUUUUCUUUUAAAGAUCAGAGUUUACUUUACUACGACAGAAUCAAGAUUUUCUGAUGGCUUGUUAUUGAAUUUGCUUAGAAUUUAAACGUCCAUUAUUUUACCAAUAUUCUGAUCUGGGAUUAGCUCAGAUUAAUCUGUUUUUCCCAGAAAUUUGAGCGAGCUCAUAUAGCAACUCUGGGUCUUUUAAGAUCAAAGUAUUUAGUUCUGUAACCAAGUAUCAAGAUUUUCUGCUGGGUUUUCUUGAAAUUUCUUCAAAUCUUCGAUUUUCGUCGAAAGUCUGAUCCGGGAAUAGCCCAAAUUGCUUUAGAGCUAUGAAUUUCAGAAGCAUGGAAGAAUUUUGGCCGUUCUAUAUGAACCAGCACUCAAAACCAGCCACAAGACGUUGGCAUUUUGUUGGCACUUUGUGUAGUAUUCUGUGCUUGUUGUACUCAGUGUUCUUCAACUGGCGGUACCUAAUUUUCGUGCCUUUGUUUGGGUAUUGUUUGGCGUGGUAUAGCCAUUUCUUUGUUGAAAGGAAUGUUCCAGCAACUUUUGGGCACCCCUUCUGGUCUCUGCUAUGUGAUUGGAAGAUGUUUGGCCUGAUGCUUACUGGUCAAAUGGAUAGAGAAAUCAAGAGGCUUGGUAAGAGGCCUAUCUUGCAAGCCUACUGAUUUUCUGAUUUUAGUUUGUUUAGCAUGUGAAUCUUUUUCUAUUUUGUUCGAACUUUCUAUUCUGUCCUUUCUUAUGGUCUUCACCAUCUUCUACUUUUACUACUAUUAUUGUGAAGUUUGUAUUUUUUUUUAUGCUGCACUGUAAAGUUAUUGAGAAAUUUCGAUGUUGGACACUCGAGCCUAAUAAUGCCUUACCUUAUUCCCUCAACCUUA